CCUGGUGGGCGGCCCCUGCUCUUGCCAGCCUCCCAGUGCUCGUGGCAUUGGUGGAAACGUCUUUAGGCUUUCACUGUUCAUGUUUGGAGCAGCCCAGGGAAAAGCAGGUGUGCAAAGAACUGAAAUGGAUCUCAUGAUGCCGUCACCGGGGGCUGCAGCUGGACACACCUGAGCAGGCAGUAGCAGGGUGGGAGAAGGCUCGGACAUCAUACCGCUGGCAGUUCAAAUGCCCACCCCACAGACCUGCCCUGAUCCUGGGCAUGUUGUUUUGCCUCCUGGGGCCGAGGUCUUCUCUUUUGUACAACUGGGAUCAUCACAUUUAUCUGGUGAGUGAAGGGACACCUGCAGAGAAGGGAGGUAAGCGCUCAGCAUGCGCUGAAACUCAGCCACCUUCCCGCCUGCGUCUUCCAUGUACCAGGUGCCUCCAGCUCCACCAGCCAUCACCACACCCCAGCCCCUUUCCUCUGCCACUCCAGACACGCAGGCAGACGUGUGGGUGCCAAGGGUGAGAGGCUCCCAGUCUGCUGGGGAAGGGGGUCCCGGCAGCAAACAAUUCCUGUCCCCGGCUGAUGCUGCUAGAAGUGAGAGCAGGGGCUGUGACCUGCAGCCAAUGGGGAAGCAGUUCGAGGGUCUCACAGUUGGGAGGCCGAGUGAGCUAAGCUUUAGGGAAGCCACAGGGAGGAGCUGACGUUAGAGAUGGACCAGAGAGGAGGCGUCUCCUGGGCUUCUGCAGGGGACCCACAGAGGCUCUCGCUGGGUGAAUGAUGGGCAGCCUGCCUUUCACCUGCCCUGGGUGUUUGGCCCUCUCUAGGGCUGGGAACAUGAGGCUCCUGCCCUUCACCCCAGCCUCCCUACCACCCCUCACCAAAAAACCUACCUUUGGUAAACACAUUAUUAAGGGAUUCUCGGAAUAUUUUAGAAAAGUUUGUGUGAACAUGCUUGUGGUCGUUUUAAAAGUGUUUCAGAAGUGAGAGGCUAAACCAAGGCCCGAAGUCACUCAUGGAAAUCCCAUGACCCCUCUGCACAGUUACCAGUGUCUCCUGGACGGGGCCCCUGCUGGAAAGGGGCUGAGACAGGGUGAAGCCCACCAGGGGUUGGAGUGGGGAGGCUUGGGUCCCGUCUCCAGCUCUUCUUCUGGUUGUGUGGCCUGGACCAGUCUCAGUGCCAGGUUCCUCAUCUGGCGGCCACCCUGCUCGGCUGUUCCAGCUUUGCUUCUGAGCGGAAGGUCAGGGGCUGCCAGGGAGGAGCUUCGUGGGGAAAGCAAAGGGGAAGCUGUCAGCGCCGGCCGUCCCCUCCUGUGAACUAAAGAGUCGCCGCGGACAAGCAGGCCCCCAGAUGGAGAACCAGCCUGUGAGGUGGCGGGCCCUGCCGGGCCUCCCACGCCCUCCUGGGCUCCCCGCAGCCCCCUGGCUCCUCCUUGGCCUGCUGCUGCUGCCCGGGACCCUGCGACUGGCAGGAGGACAGUCAGUGACCCACACCGGCCUGCCCAUCAUGGCCUCCCUGGCCAACACAGCUGUCUCCUUCAGCUGCAGGAUCACCUAUCCAUACACUCCCCAAUUCAAGGUUUUCACAGUCAGCUACUUUCAUGAAGAUCUCCAGGGACAGAGGAGCCCUAAGAAGCCAACAAACUGCCACCCUGGACUGGGCACAGAGAACCAGAGCCACACCCUGGACUGCCAGGUCACCCUUGUGCUGCCGGGAGCAUCGGCCACUGGCACCUACUACUGCUCUGUCCACUGGCCACACUCCACGGUGAGAGACAGCGGCACCUUCAUCCUGGUCAGAGACGCAGGGUACCGAGAGCCCCCGCAGAGUCCACAGAAGCUCCUGCUCUUUGGCUUCACCGGCCUCCUGAGUGUCCUGAGUGUAGUGGGCACGGCCCUGCUGCUCUGGAAGAAGAAGCGGAUGCGGGGUCCAGGGAAGGACCCCACUAGGAAGUGCCCAGAUCCAAGAUCUGCCAGCAGCCCCAAGCAGCAUCCUUCAGAAUCCGUCUACACAGCUCUGCAGCGCCGCGAGACCGAGGUCUAUGCCUGCAUCGAGAAUGAGGAUGGCAGCUCACCCACCGCCAAGCAGAGCCCCCUCUCCCAGGAGAGACCGCAUAGAUUCGAAGAUGAUGGCGAACUUAACGUGGUCUAUGAAAAUCUCUAGGAUGGGCUCCACCGCUCAUAGAGCUUGCCCUGGGUCAGAGGACCGGGGCAGCCCCUGCCACCAAAGGCCUUGACCUGAGUUGGGAGUAAGGCCCCCAGGGACACCCCAUCAUUUCACCCUCACAUUCAAGGCCCUUCCUGUCUUGGCCGGCCCCACUGCCCCCCCAUUCUAUACCCCAACUGCCAAGGCUUUCCCAUCUUGGGGCCUUUGCCCAGGCUGUUCCUUCUGCCAGGCAGGCCCUUCCUCCCUUGGCCCAACCAGCAAAGCGCCCCUCAGUCUUCAAGGGCUUUCCUGGAUGCCACCCUUGCCCAGAGCCCUGCUCACUGCCUCAUGCUGACAGAGCAGCAUGCUCUCUUGGCUCUCUUGGCACCAGCCUGCACCUCAGCCAGCAGGGCAGCCUCUGAGCUGAGGGAGGACCCUGCAGGGGUGCCUAGCAGUGCUGUGUGGGGAGCCGAGGUAUGGAGGAGCUGGGGAGCAGCUAUGCAAAUCCCUACCUACCCAGCUGGGCCAGAGGCACGAGGCAGCCAGGCAGCGUGGGAGCAGGGGCUGGCGUGGGAGGUCUGGGGGACAGACAAGGAUGAUGGACCCCUCAGAGGCAAGACUAGGAUCAGGGACAGAUCUGGAGGCCCAGGACAUGGCUGAGAGGUGGUCAGCAGGCUGGGGGCAUGGAGCAGAGAGGGCUUGGGUACAAGCUGGAGAGGAAGGAGAUUCUGGCAUGUUGGGGUGAGGGCAGAGGGACAGAUGAGGGGAGGAGGGUGCUGGCUAAACAGGAACUGAAUGAAUGGCCUGAAGCUCCCUCUCCCAAGGGUUCCCACUCCCAUUGGCCUGGCCCUGUACAUGCACUGUGUCAUCUCCUUGGUCACCCUCUGCUCCAGGCCUUCUCCACCACAGGACCUCAGCUGUCCCUCCUUCUACCCAAGGUGGAGUCCCCCAAAGUCCCUUCUGUCUGGCCUAUCCUGUGCCCACCACCUGUGGCUUCAUCCAGCCCUCCUCCUCUAUCUUUAUCUGCCAUAGGCCCCAGCCCUGGCCCCCUGUGGAUUGAGGUCCCAAGUGGUCCAGCUGUGGGGUUUGGUGCUGGGACCCUCAAUGGCAGCCGGAAGGUCCCUCUGAGGCAGAAGCUCAAGCCCCAUGGGGACAGUGGCUCCCCAGUGCCUGGCCCUGAGCCAUUUCUGCUGUUUCAAGUGCCCACAUCACCCUCAUUUCCUCCUCACAGCAGCCCUGCACCGUGGUCAGAAACCCAUCCACAGGCAGGCAGUGGCUGGGGUCCGGGUGCCCCGGGCUGUUGGGCUCUGCUUCCUCCCUCUGCUCCCCCAUGUCUCCCUGAGUUCUCCCACCUUUGCUCAUUUGUAAAAUGGGCAGGUCAAUCUUCCCACCCCACCGUGUGGGCUGCCCCAACCCCAAAUGUGCCCAGGGAGGGUGGGGAACCCAAGGCACAGGCCCCGCCCCUGCCCCCAAGCAGCACUGGGCUACUGGCUCGCAGAGGCACCUUUGGUUCUGCAGGUCAUGCCCCUCCCUGCAGGGAAGGGAAAGCUGGUGGUAGAGGCUGGGCACAGACUGACGUCCAGAAGAAGUCCCUUGGCCCUGCUAGGGUGGCACCAGACUUCUCUGGUCCCACAGGACAGCCAGUGGCCUCCCAACUUGGUUCUGGGCCCCCGCCUGCAAGCACACAUGGCAAGGAGGGCUUUAGCAGGCUCACAUAACCGAGUGGCAAGGCCCCUGCUCCCAGAGGCUGGAUUUGAAUGAACUCCGGGCCUGUUUGGGGAGGUGAAGCUGCCAGGUGUGCACAGGGGCCUCCCAGGCUCCUGGCUCCACCAGCCAAGGAGGUGGGAACAAGGGUCAGGGCAAUGGGGGACAAUGCCGCUCAGGGUGCAGUGAGCUCCCCUGGGAAAACCGAAGCCAGCAAGACCAGGAGAGGGCCACCUCACUGGGCCUGCCUCCCCCACCUCCUGGGCCUCUCUGACCUCAGCUCCUAGACCCUGGACCCUUGGCUGGGACUCAGCAUUUUCCAGUCUUUUUCAGGGGUAGACAGGGGAGCCUGGGUUAAACUUUACCACUGUGCCCUGGCCCAGGCAUCACCAACACGGACUCCCUGCAGCUGCCCUGCCGCCGACAGACCCCAAUUAAACCCACACCUGGCCUUGGCCUCCCCUGCUGCAUACCUUGCAUGGUUUUUGCCUCACUUGGAAUAAAAUUCCAACUCCUC